AAUCACUCAUGGAUGAGUUAUAGUGAGCAUUGCCACCCACACUGAUUGGGCGACUGGGCAUUUAAAUUUUGUUAGGAACAGAAACAAAAAUCUGAGUGAGAAAACUGGGGAACGUCAUAUCCAGGCGGUCCCGCAGCCACCGGCGAUUGAGGGCGAUGGCAUCGAAACCCUUCCCUUCCUUCUCCGCCGAUUCUCCGCCGCCGAGGCUCACACUCAGUCCCGAUCAGUACAACUACUGCUCCCAGGCCCUCAAAUUCCUCAAAGACAAGCUCCAGAUGCCUCACCAGAUAAACCAAGAGUUCGCUCUCUUACAGGGGAAGCGGAUCACAGCGUCGGAGAUGAAGAGAAGUUGCACUGUGGCUCUUGACAGUGUCAAUGUCAGCAAAAAUCGGUACACCGAUGUGUUACCAUUUGAUCAGAAUAGGGUAGUUCUCAACUCUUGUAAAGAUUACAGACCUGAAGCAAGGGGCUACAUCAAUGCCAGCUUCAUUUCGGCUUGUUCCUCUGGAAACAUUUCUAGGUUUAUUGCUACACAAGGUCCACUUCCGCACACAUAUGAGGAUUUCUGGGAGAUGGUACUUGAGAACCGGUGCCCUGUAGUUGUCAUGCUCACUCGCUUGGUCGACUAUCACAGGAUGGUCAAGUGUGGAGAUUAUUUUCAGGCAGAAGAUGGUCCUAGAGAAUUCGGUAACAUAACUCUAUCCACCAAGUGGAUAAGAACCACUGGCAAUUCAAUAGCAUUGCGGCUUCUGGAGGUCAACAGUAAAGAGUCAGAAGAACCACCAAUUUCUGUGCUGCAUAUUCAGUAUCCUGAAUGGCCUGACCAUGGAGUUCCCACAGAUACAAUUGCUGUUCGUGAAAUCUUGAAGACAAUAUAUCAAGUUCCACCUGACCUUGGCCCAGUAGUGGUGCACUGCAGUGCAGGUAUUGGGAGGACUGGAACAUACUGCACAAUUCAUAAUACGAUUCAGAGAAUUCUUUCGGGGGACAUGUCUGCUUUAGAUCUUGCUAAUACAAUAACCACUUUUAGGACUGAGCGUAUUGGAAUGGUGCAGACACUGGAGCAAUAUUUUUUCUGUUACUCUGCAAUCAUUGAUGAAUUGGAGGACCUCAUGGCGAAUCUGAAUGGUGAAAGGAGCCUAAAGAGCUAGGUAAAUAGCAGUCAGGCAGGAUAAAGCUCAAUGUAGUCUGGCUAUUUGUUGAAGGAGCAGGCAACCUUAAUGUAGCUUCUGGUAUAUUUGUGCAUGAAAGAUAUGAUGGUCUCACCUUUCUGGUGGAACAAAAUUGCUUCUAAAACCUGAUUAUGCUCGAAGAAAAAGAUAUGAUGUUUCUCCACUAAUUCUCCUUUUUCUUUUUCUUUUUUUUUCUUGUUUUUUUACCACGAGAGACGUAUAAUUCAUUAGCCUCUUGUGUUCCUGAUUAUAUUCCAGAGUGCCCUGUUGCUACAGAAUUCCAACAAGACUUGCCACUAAACUGAUACUAGUCGCCUCUGCCCGUUGAUAACACAAGCUCAUGAUUUUCACGUC